CCUUUUUAAACGAUGUGUAUUUAAAAUAGUCGAGUUAAUUAGUUUCGAAAACUGAUAAACAAUGUAACGGCUACUACAUCUGUUCCCGCUCUUUCCAUUUUCCCCCUCUCUGUUUUUUUCAGUCAUAAUAACUAUUUUCUUAAUACAGUAUAAAUAUACUGCUCUGCUCUGUAUAUUACCCAUUCAGAAACAAAAAUCUUGCUCCUUCAUCUUCUUCAUUUUGUCUGCAAUUUUCGAUCCAAAAAAUAUGCCGAAAGUCGAUGCUCUCCGUCGAUUUCUCCUCCCCUGUUUCAAUUCAACACCCACAUCGCCAGCACCACCGGCGCCGCUAACAAUCUCCACCAAAAAACGUCUGAGUACAUCUCUGCGUGACGAUCUCGACGACCCAAAACAAGAUAAGAAGUUCGAAGAAGAUCAAGAAGAUUCAUACCCAACAACCCCAAUCAGUACUACAAACCCCACGACCAGCGCCUCCGGCGCCGCAAUUUCACUCUCAGCUCCGCCGCGUUCUUCCAAAACAAUGGUAAUCGGAACAAUCUUCGGCCAACGUCGCGGUGGACAUGUAUGGUUCUGCGUACAACACGAUCGUCUCAACACGAAGCCUUCACUUCUUCUAGAACUUUCCAUUCCAACAACAACCCUAAUUCAAGAAAUGCGAUGUGGAUUAGUCCGAAUUGCACUUGAAUCGUCGGAUUCGGAGCUGAAUCGUUGCCCGCUCCAUUCAAUUCCAAUGUGGACUCUGUUCUGUAAUGGGAGAAAAAUCGGGUUUGCGGUUCGGAGACGGGCGACCCAACAGACCCGAAUUAUGUUGAAGACGAUGCAGUCAAUGACAGUCGGGGCGGGUGUAAUUCCGUCGGGUUUGGUUUCGGGUACCGAAUCUGAAGAAGUGUUGUAUAUGAGAGCUAACUAUGAGUGUAUUAUUGGUGGUGCGGAUUCGGAGUCUUUUCAUUUGAUUAACCCCGACGAAGGUCCGGGUCAAGAAUUUAGUAUCUUUUUGCUCCGAUCCAAAUAAGUGUGUGAAUCAUAGACGGCUGACUUUGAAAGAUCAACGCGAAGUGAAAAUCAGAAAAUUUUGAGUUUUCUAAUUUUGUAUUUUUGGUCAAAAGGGGUUCUUAGUCCUAAUAUUUGAGAAAUUUUUAACAGCUUUUUUUUUUUAAAAGAAAGCUAAUUUUUUAAUUAUUCCUUUUUAGUUUUGUUUUUUCAAGAUUAGCUUAAUCUUUAGUUUAGGCCAUUUUUUUUUAGAACUUUUUGGUGCAUGAGAAUCUUUAGCACAAGAAAUGUAUGAAAAAAAUUUAGUAUUUUUCCUCUUCUUUUUUUUGAGAAGUUUUGGCAAAUAGGAUAUUAUAUUCUUCUUGUAUGAUAAUUCCAAUAUGAUA